AUGGAAGCAGUAGGCGCAAUCGCUGCCAUCUUGCAGCUGAUUGAUGUGGCACUCAAGACCGCCAUCAGAGCACACAAGAUCUACGAAGAGUUCAGGGAUGCCGAGGACACCCAUAAACGAUUGGUUAGGGAAAUGCACGAUCUCGUUCGUGUCCUCCAGCAGCUGCUGGCUGUAAUCAUGGACAGCGGUCCCGAUGAACCGAAGACCGGACACGCUCAAACUCUGCGAGAAAUGUUGAAUGCCGAAGGCAACAUUGUGGCGUUUUGCGCAGGGGAUAUUAUCGAGAUCUCCAGGCUUCUAGAAAAGGGCCCGUCGAUUGCAUGGCCAAUCCGGAAGAGAAAGAUUGAUCGGAUACUCUCUAAUAUCGCAUCAACUAGAGCACAGCUUGGUCUUGCUGUCCAGACGCAAUCAAUGGCCACCGUUUUGGAUAUCCGUUGCAUGCUGGACAGGCAUGAGUCUUACAUGAGGCAACACCUCGAGUCUGAGUCGAUCAAGGCCAUUUUCGCAUGGCUGAAUCCACCCAACGUCUGGGAGAACUUGCGAAAUGCCCUGCAAAGACGCCAACAUGGUACAGGCGAAUGGCUUGCGAAGAUGCGCGAAUAUGAACACUGGAAAGGAAAUCCGGGUAGUUUAUGGUUGUCCGGCAUGCCGGGAGCCGGAAAGACCAUCAUGAGCUCAACUAUAGUGACCUCUUUGCUGAAAGAAAAUCAAACAACCGCGGCAGCUGUUAUUUACUCGUACUUUGACUUCUCUAACGAGUCGCAGCAAGAAGCUCAGUCGUUUCUACGAACGUGUCUCGCACAACUUGCAGCCAAGACACCUGAGGCCUUCAAUAUUCUCCUCGGUCUCCGAAAUCGAUGCUCGGAAGCCCAGGGUCAACAGCCCGGACUUGAGGAGCUUCUCGAAGCGACGGCGGUCGCUUUGGGGUGCUCCCACCAAGUUUUCCUCGUAGUCGAUGCACUCGACGAGUGUUCGGAACGUGGCAAGUUGCUGAACAUGCUCAAAGAACUGCAGUCGUUACACAAUCUUCACCUGGUCCUCCUGAGCCGCCGAGAACACGAUAUCGAAAAGGCUCUAUCAGCUUCCGCAACGGAGAUACCAUUGCGUGGCGCUCAUAUUGAUCAGGAUAUUGCAGCGUACAUUCGACAAAGAAUACAGCACUCGGGUGAAAUGCAAGAAUGGACUGUGGAAGAUAGGGCUAAAGUUGAAGCCCAGUUGAUUGAAAUGGCCGGUGGAAUGUUUCGCUGGGUGCAGUGCCAACUGGACUCCUUGGAGAAGUGUAUUGAUUCUAAUCAAGUCGACGAGACCCUCGCCUCUUUGCCCCCGGACUUGCCGUCGACGUAUGAAAGAAUACUCAUCAAUCUGGAUCCCAAGUCGGCGGUUCGCGUUCGAGACGUCCUGGUAGCCCUGGCCUUUUCUCGAAGACCACUGCACGUUGGCGAAGUUAUGGAUAUUGUAAGCAUAUCCAUCACCGACGAUCCUCGAGCGACGAAGAAUGGAAACACUGUCUACUUCAAUCAGCUGCUAUCUGUCUGCUCGAGCAUGCUGUCAAUCUCCACCAGUGGUGGCGGCGAGAAGAAGAAGCAGGAGAUGAUGCUUGCCCAUGCCUCGGUCAAGGACUAUCUCGUCUCUGAACAUAUACGCAAUGGACCAGCAUCCGCAUUUUACACGACACCUGCACAGGGACACCUGCUCAUGGCCGCCAAAAGCGUUGCGUGUCUACUGAAUCAGAACGAUGUCAGCCGCUUCGGGCCACACACCUUGGAAGAGGUCCCGUUCCUGCUGUACUCUGCUCUGAACUGGGUCCAUCACGCGAGGGAUGCGAAUCCGGAGCCCGACCGUGGCAGUCUUGACGACUUGAUUUUCGCCUUGCUCCAUCGCGAUGGCGACGCUUACGUCAACUGGCACCGCGUGACAGGCCGCCAUGGGCCUGCAACGCCAGUGGAGGGUUAUGCAUGGAACAUUCACAUCAGAGACGGCAGUAAACUUAUUAAUGACGGUCGGCCAGCCCCCAAGGAACAACUGCUAAACGGUCACCACAUUGAUCGUCCGCUCCACCACGCAAUACAGUGGAACCUGUGGCGCGUGAUCGAGCGUCUUCUUAAUGCUGGUCAUGAUCCCAAUGGUUACAGUAAAGGGAACCGCGCUCCUCUUCACUACGGCGUACUACAACGAGCUCUGAAGUCGAUGGAUCUUGUUCUCAAGCAUGGCGGGAACAUUGACGUCCGCGACUGGAUCGGCGACACCCCGGCCAUGUUUUGCGCUUACAAGGCUAAAGAUCCAGUGACGAUGGAGUGGCUGAUGGACCGCGGCGCAAGUCUCUCCCUCGUCAGCAGAAGAUCUGGCAGUCUGUUAUAA